AGAAGUUAGUAAAGUCCAAAAGUUGAGGUUUGGAGUGUCAUGCAGCACCUCUUCAAGUUCUCCAAAAAAUAACAAAGAGAAAAGGAUGAGGGGCAUUUGGUAUUCCACACAAUGUAUAUGAAGCUCACGUAAGAGGAAGGAAAUGAAAAAAAAAUAAAAAAAGAGACAUAGAAGUGGAAGCUAAUGGAUGAGUUGCCACUUGGCAAGGAGAGUGAUCACUCAUUGCUUUAUCCGAGGAUGAUAACCUUCGUUGGGCUAAUCUUGUGACACGUGUUCAUUGAUGGUAUAGAUCGAUUCUGUUGGUAUAUUCCAUUAAGGGUUAUCUAUUUAGAUUGUUGGCUCUCUUAACCUUGUUUUUGCAUUUUCGUCCCCUAUACACCCCACUCUUCCUCUCACUCCAUCCAAAUAUCAUCCUAAAAGCUUUAGCCAUGUCUGCCUUUGUUGGAAAGUAUGCUGAUGAGCUUAUCAAGAAUGCCAAGUACAUUGCAACUCCCGGCAAGGGCAUUCUGGCAGCCGACGAGAGCACCGGCACCAUCGGGAAACGUCUAGCCAGCAUUAAAGUUGAGAACAUCGAGCCUAACCGCCAAGCACUCCGUGAGCUUCUCUUCACCUCUCCAAAUGCACUCUCCUUCCUCUCCGGUGUCAUCCUCUUCGAAGAGACACUCUACCAGAAAACCUACGAUGGAAAACCGUUUGUCGAAGUCCUCCAGGAGAACAAUGUCAUCCCGGGUAUCAAGGUAGACAAGGGCACCGUCGAGCUGGCUGGAACCAACGGCGAAACCACCACUCAGGGAUUCGAUUCUCUCGGCGCAAGGUGCCAGCAGUACUACAAGGCCGGUGCACGGUUCGCCAAAUGGCGUGCCGUGCUCAAAAUUGGUCCCACAGAACCAUCCGAACUUUCUAUCCAGCAGAAUGCUCAGGGCUUGGCUCGAUAUGCUAUUAUUUGCCAGGAAAAUGGGUUGGUGCCUAUCGUGGAGCCUGAGAUAUUGACUGAUGGAGACCAUGAUAUUAAGAAAUGUGCUGCUGUUACUGAGACUGUGCUCGCUGCUGUUUAUAAGGCUCUCAAUGAUCACCAUGUUCUUCUUGAAGGGACUCUUCUUAAGCCUAAUAUGGUCACUCCUGGUUCUGACAGCCCAAAGGUACCACCGGAGGUGAUAGCAGGGUACACAGUGACUGCACUCCGGCGGACAGUCCCAGCGGCGGUACCAGGUAUCGUGUUUCUAUCGGGAGGACAGAGUGAGGAAGAGGCAACGCUGAACCUGAACGCCAUGAAUAAGCUGGAGGUGUUGAAGCCAUGGACACUUUCGUUCUCAUUUGGGCGUGCAUUGCAGCAAAGCACACUCAAGACAUGGAGUGGGAAGAAAGAGAACGUAGGGAAAGCUCAGGAGGCGUUCUUGGGGAGGUGCAAAGCCAAUUCAGAGGCUACUCUUGGCAAGUACAUAGGUGGGGGUUCCCGUGGACUGGCUUCUGAGAGUUUGUUCGUUAAGGGUUACAAAUACUAGCUUGCUUACCUUGGCCUUAAUUUGGAGUUUGGAAAAGUAUGAUCAGAUGGAUCGGUGUUAAUUUGAUAUCAAAAUUUUACAAUGUAUUUUGUUUUCAUCUUUCUUGUUUGCAUGCUUACUGCUUACUCUUAAUUGGUACAUAUUUUACAAAUUUAUUACGCA